AUGGGUACCGAACCUAGACAAGCCACAUGUAUGAUAAAUUUCUUGGUUGUUAAAGCCUCGUCGACCUAUAAUGCCAUCCUUGGAAGGACGGGGAUACACGCUUUUAAGGCAAUCCCAUCCACUUACCACAUGAAGAUUAAAUUCCCAACUAGGAACGGAAUUGGAGAAGAAUUAGGAGAUCAGAAAAUGGCCCGAAGCUGUUAUAUUAGGGCAUUAAGAUCUGGAGGAGCCGGGGGGCAAGUACUACCCAUAGAGGAUCUCGAUGUUCGAGGAGAGGAAGAAAGAAGAGGCAAGCCCGCCGAGGACCUGAUUCCAAUCCCAUUGUAUACUGAGGAACCCGAAAAGGUUACUUAUGUUGGAGCCCUACUUCAGGAAGAUUUGAAGCAAGAAGUAGUAAAAUUCUUGAGGAACAACCGUGAUGUUUUUGCUUGGACAGCGGCUGACAUGCCAGGUAUUGAUCCCUCAUUCAUGACUCAUAAAUUGAAUGUGAAUCCUGAUAGGAAACCGAUUAAGCAAAAGAAGAGGAAUUUCGCUCCCGAAAGGCAGGAAGCCAUUAAACAGGAGGUCGAUAAGUUGCUGGAAGCUGGGUUUAUUGAGGAAAUUCAAUUUCUGGAAUGGCUAGCUAACCCUGUCAUGGUCAAGAAGGCCAAUGGAAAGUGGAGGAUGUGUGUAGACUUCACUGAUCUGAAUGAUGCUUGUCCCAAGGAUUGUUUCCCUCUUCCAAGGAUAGACACAUUAAUAGAUGCCACUGCUGGCCAUGAGAUGUUAAGCUUUAUGGACGGCUUCAGCGGAUAA